AUGUAUAUGCACGCUUUGAUACGCGCAAGCCUGGGAUUUGUAGGUUUCUGCCUGGUCGCCUUUGUCCAACAGUCAGCUUCAGGAAGUAAACCCACUCAAGAUGUGGAUGAGUGCUCAGAAGGCAACGGCGGAUGCCAACAGAUUUGUGUCAAUAUGAUGGGCAGCUAUGAGUGCCGCUGCCGAGAAGGAUUCCUCCUGAGUGACAACCAGCACACCUGUAUCCAAAGGCCUAAAGCGCAACCAGACGGCUCAAAGGAGGGACCCACCUGCAUGGACAAGAAUCACGGCUGCGCACACAUCUGUAGGGAAACGCAGAAAGGUGCCAUCUCCUGUGAGUGUCGACCUGGAUUCCAGCUCACCCGUAACAUGAAGGACUGCAAAUUGACUUGUAACUAUGGUAAUGGCGGUUGCCAGCACAUCUGCGAGGAGACAGACCACGGCCCUAAGUGUUCGUGCCAUAUGAAGUUCGUCCUGCACAGUGAUGGAAAGACUUGUGUAGGGGAGAGGAGUGUCCAGCCCAAGGGAACCCCACAGCCGUUCCCCAAUGAGACCUGUGCAGUGAACAAUGGCGGCUGCGAUAGCACAUGUCAUGAUUCAGUGACAGGAGUGCGCUGCAGCUGUCCUGUUGGCUUCACUCUGCAGCCGGACCGCAAGACCUGCAAAGAUAUUGAUGAGUGCCGCCUUAACAAUGGGGGGUGUGAUCACGUGUGCCGGAACACAGUGGGCAGCUUUGAGUGCAGCUGCAAGAAAGGCUACAAGCUGUUGACCAACGAGAGAACUUGUCAAGACAUUGAUGAGUGCUCUUUUGACCGGGCCUGUGACCACUUUUGUGUCAACUCUGCUGGUAGUUUCCAGUGCCUCUGUCAUAAAGGCUACGUGCUCUACGGCCUGGCACACUGUGGAGAUAUUGAUGAAUGCAGUAUAAAUCGUGGUGGUUGUAAAUACGGCUGCAUCAACACUCUGGGGAGCUACGAGUGUACCUGUCCACCAGGGUACAAGCUGCACUGGAACAGGAAAGACUGUGUUGAGCUGGUGAAAUGUCUUCCUGGACUUGUAGCACCAAAGGCCACUCUGACCUGUAGCAAGACAGGCAAGAAAGAGAGCUGCUCCCUUACCUGUGCCUCUAAGGCUCACUAUCUGGCAGAGUCUGACAGCAGCUACUCAGUCAGCUGUGGUAUCCCCAUCUUCAGAGGCAAGUCCCCUGCCAGGCUUAACUCCAGCAGCAGUCAGAGCUGCAUAGAGACUUUGGCCCCUCCAGUGAAGCAGACGGCUUCUUUCAAGAUUAAAAACGCCAAAUGUCACCUGCACCCGAAGCUUACCGGCAGGACAGAGGACAGAGGACGGACACUUGGACCAGGCGGCGGGCAGCCCUGCAGCAACUGCCUGGUGACAUUUGUCAACCUCAAAUGUGACUCCUCUAAGAAAGCGAAAGGGCGGCGUGCUCGCAACCCGGCCAACAAAGAGGUAACACGCAUCACUUUGGAGCUGGAAGCUGAGGUUAAACCUGGAGACACCACAGGGAGUUGCAAUCUCAGCUGCCUCAGACAGCGCAUGGAGAAGCAGGUCAAGACAUAUAUCAAGGCUCUGAAAAAGUCCAUCAACCAGGAACGCUUCCUGAUAAGAGUUGCCGGUUUGGAAUACGAGGUGGCCCAAAAACUUCCCCAGGCUUCUCCCAAUCAGGAGAACUGUGGCCCGGGCUGGGAGAGGGACAGCGGCCGUUGUGUCAGAUGCUUGUCGGGGUCUUACUACCAUGGUGAGCAGGAGCGCUGUGUCCAAUGUCCGCCAGGCACUUUCCAGGAGAAGGAGGGGCAGCUGGCCUGUGACCUCUGCCCUGGCAGUGACGGCCAUGGGCCUGUAGGGGCACGAAACAUCUCCUCCUGCGCAGGCCAAUGUCCAACGGGGUACUUCUCCAGCGAUGGGUUCAAACCUUGUCAGCCGUGCCCUCAGGGCGCCUACCAACCAGAUUUGGGACGGACACUGUGCUUCCCCUGUGGGGGAGGACUGAGCACCAAGCGGGAGGGUGCCAGCUCCUUCCAUGAUUGUGAAGUCAAAGUUCAGUGUUCUCCAGGUCAUUACUACAACACCACAGUACACCGGUGUAUCCGCUGCCCAGUAGGGACGUAUCAGACAGAGUUCAGGCAGAACUACUGUAUUUCCUGCCCUGGGAACACCACCACUGAUUUUGAUGGUGCCACAAGUGUCUCACAGUGCAAGAACAGGCAAUGUGGUGGUGAGAUGGGUGAAUUCAUGGGUUACAUUGAGUCACCUAACUAUCCCGGUAAUUACCCCGCUAAUGUGGAGUGUAUUUGGAACAUCAACCCACCCAGCAAGCGCAAGAUCCUAAUCGUUGUGCCGGAGAUUUUCCUGCCCUCGGAGGACGAGUGUGGCGAUGUGCUGGUUAUGAGGAAGAACUGGUCAGCUACAUCCAUCACCACCUACGAGACAUGUCAGACAUACGAGCGGCCUAUUGCCUUCACAGCUCGCUCCAGACGUCUCUGGAUUAACUUCAAAUCCAACGAGGCCAACAGCGCCAGGGGCUUUCAGAUCCCCUAUGUUACUUAUGAUGAGGACUAUGAACAGCUCGUAGAGGACAUAGUGCGAGAUGGAAGACUCUAUGCCUCAGAAAACCAUCAAGAAAUCCUCAAGGAUAAAAAACUGAUUAAGACUCUUUUUGAUGUGCUGGCUCACCCAAACAACUAUUUUAAGUACACCACUCGGGAGUCCAACGAGAUGCUUCCUCGCUCCUUCAUACGUCUCAUAAGCAGCAAAGUCUCUGCUUUCCUGCGACCUUACAAGUAAAAAGAUCACACAGCUGCUGAAGCACCGGAUCAUGACCCCCUGACAUCCCCCUCCAUCUUACAGGCCACAUCCCGCAACUCUCAUAAGACUGAUGAACAUAAAACAUACUAGUAUGUUUACCCCCUCUUAAUUUCCAUAGGCUUUGACAAUAAACACUAUGCAGACCUGAGAAAUACUGAAAUCGUUUGUGUUUUAGAUUUUUUGUCAGCUUCCAUUCAGCACAGGUCUGCAAUCCCGGGCUCAAGCAUUUAGUGGGGAUGUAGAGUAUGUGAGUGGGUUUGGUUUCUAUUGUGUUGAGCAAUGAAGCCAUAGAAAACAAUAGAAACGCCUAUUUCAGACAGUAGGAGUGACGUUUUGUGCUCGCGGUUUGAGCUUGUUGUUGUAUUUACUUAAAUGAGCAGUCUGAGUUCCAGCUCCAACUCCUACCAUUAAGUAUGACUGUAAGUGUUGUGUAAGUGUUGUGUAACCCUGGUCCCAUCUUCAGUCUCUGUGUUGCUGUCCUCAAGGAGGAGCAGUUGUUAUAUUCAUGUCGCAGCUGCGUUCCAUGUCAUUCAAAGCCUUACUAUAUUUGAGCUCUUAGAGCAUUUUCCAAGGAUUUUACUGUUAAAACAGUUAAUCUAUGUUUUGUUCUGUCUGUCUAGACUGUACUGGCAUUUUCCAACCUUCAGAUAAUUUCUGUUGCUCUAUUUCUUUUUAAAGCCAACUUAAAGCAAAUACAAAAAAGUUGGUUUAUCAUUCCAGGAACAUAGUGGACAUUUGGGAGAUGAAUAACAAACUAACAAUUGUGAGAGCCACAGAAGAUCAUGUGAUGUCUAGUGGAACAAUGUCUCUGAGAGAGAGAUAGAGAGAAAUGUCUUUAAGGGACAUUAUGUUUGCUGCUUCUUUUUAAAAGGUCACUUUAAUUCUUCAAUCUCAUAUUGUCUUUCUGAUUUACUCUACACACUAAUAGUCUAUAGGUUUCAAACAAAAAGGAAGCUCCACAUCUGAGUUGCUUUAGUUCGUACACACAAUAAGUUGAUAAUCUCAUAUUGCCUGUCUGUGGACUACCAGUUUUAUCGCUUGUUUAUUUCAAUCUUGUAAAUAAUGAAAAUAAAUUAGACAAGGGUUGAAUUCUUUGAUCCUAAUUUUCUCACGCAGGACCCCCAAAAUCACUUUCUGCUCUUGAUGUCCCGGCCGUCUCCGUCUCAAAUCCAAAGACACCCAGUGCCCAGCCUUUCAUAUACCCCUCACAUUUUAUUCUGUCCCAAUGAAGACAGCUCUUCCAAAGACCGCCCCCCCCCCCCCCCCCC